AUGACUUCCCGACUCGACCGCCUGGUCACACUCCUCGAAACAGGCAGUACACAACUUAUCCGAAAUACUGCUGCACAACAACUUGCGGAUGUCCAAAAACAACAUCCGGAUGAGCUCUUCAACCUUCUCGGGCGCAUCUUGCCCUAUCUUCGCUCCAAGUCCUGGGACACAAGGACUGCGGCUGCCCGUGCAAUUGGCUUGAUCGUCAGCAACGCUGAUAUUUACGACCCCAAUGAAGAUGAUGGACUCCAGAUCAAGUCGGCCGCCGACGACGACGACGUGGAGAUCAAAUCCGAAAUUAAAUCGGAAGAUGCGCCUCCAUCUGUAGAUGAAUUCCUUCAUCUAGAUACCCUUGACAUUGCUGCCAUACUAAAGCAUGGUAAGCGUUUGCUUGGCAGUGCUGGCAAAGAAUAUGAAUACUCAUUGGCCUCGAUGGAGCCCGCGGCACGCCUACAGCACCAGAAAAAGACAUUGACUGCGCGCCUCGGCCUGGAAGGCGAGUACAAUGAAGAAGAUAUCCUUGACAGCGUGGAUCUGGCCCCGAAGCCUGCAACCCCUGCCCCGAAAAGAGAAUCUUCCGACCCGUCCAUCGCCCGAGAGAACAGCCUACAGGAGUCUCGGCGUGCGUCGUCUCCGACCGAGACUGCAGCAAAAGAAGAAUCAGGUUUGAGCAAGCGUCAAUUGAACCAGCUUAAACGCAAAAAUAAGCAAAGUGCUAAAAUGGGUGCAAACAAGGUCCGCGUUGUCGAUUUAGCCUCUCGGCGACCUUCGGACAAUGUCACGACCCCCACGGCGACUCCUCACCCCGUCAAGGCUGAGAAUGAGGAUUCCAAGAAUGGCGACUCCAAGCCUGAUUACUUCUCGCUCGACACUUCAGAGGCAACCGAUGACUCGAAGAUCGUGUCUGAGUUUAAGGGUCCCAUCGCCCCUGAAAAGCCAAUCAUCCAACCCGAAAUGGUGGAUCAGGGUGCCGGAUGGCCUCUUGAAUGCAUGUGCGAGUUCCUGACGGUCGACAUCUUUGAUUCCAACUGGGAAGUUCGCCAUGGUGCUGCGAUGGCUCUUCGUGAGGUCGUUAGGGUACAGGGCGCCGCCGCCGGUCGUCUCGAGGGCAAAACCCGCGAAGAAAACGACACUCUGAACCGCCAGUGGCUAGAUGACCUCGCAUGCCGACUCCUUUGUGUUCUCAUGCUGGAUCGAUUCGGUGAUUACAUUUCCGACAAUGUCGUUGCUCCAAUCAGAGAAACAGUUGGUCAAACACUCGGUGCGCUAUUGUCGCACCUGUCGCCACAGUCUGUCCGCCGGGUUUACCGAUGCCUCUAUCGAAUUAUUGUACAGACUGAUCUGGGUUUAGAGCGGCCCAUCUGGGAAGUCUGUCACGGCGGCAUGAUCGGUCUUCGUUACCUUGUUGCAGUCCGUAAGGAUCUCCUUAUCAAGGACUCGGAGAUGAUGGAUGGUGUUCUCGAGGCCGUCAUGAAGGGUCUGGCUGAUUUCGACGAUGAUGUACGAGCUGUCAGUGCUGCAACUCUUGUUCCUAUCGCCGAAGAGUUCGUGUCAUCUCGGGCUGGCACGCUUGGCCCACUCAUGAACAUCGUUUGGGACUGCCUCUCAAAUCUGCAAGACGACCUCAGCGCAAGUACCGGUUCCGUCAUGGACCUUUUGGCCAAGCUCUGCACAUUUUCCCAAGUUCUGGACGCAAUGAAGGCGAACGCUGCCGAUGACCCCGAAGCUUCAUUCGCCAAUCUGGUACCUCGCCUCUACCCCUUUUUGCGGCAUACCAUCACCAGCGUCCGCUCUGCAGUUCUUCGUGCGCUCAUGACCUUCCUCAAGCUAGAGGGAGAAGGAAGCACGGACUGGGUCGAUGGUAAGGCGCUGCGCCUGAUCUUCCAGAACCUGCUUGUAGAGCGUAAUGAGAACGUUCUCAAGCUAUCACUUCAAGUGUGGUCAGAGCUACUGAAAGCCGUCGAGCUGCGUGGAUUGUUCUCUUCUGACGCCGCUCUUCUGGAGUCGGUACAGCCUCUGAUCACCUUAACCCUGGGACCCUUCGGCGUGCCUCGUUACCCCAUUCCUAUGAACACCUGCCUAUUCAUCAAGCCAUCUGGUCUUCCGUACUCCGCUGCUGCCCCGCCGCCUUCAAAGGCAUCACCCCCCGCUCCUGGUCCGGAGGGCGGCAAACCAGGCCGCAAACGCAAACCAGAGAAGAAAGAGCCGGCGCCAACCUCGUCAACUCACAAUGUGGACGGACACAUGCUUUCAGGCGAUGUUGAUCUUGUUGGAGCUGAUACACUGCUUCGAUCUAAGAUAUUUGCUGCCAAAGCACUGGGCGAGUUGAUCUCCUUCUGGGACAAGAACGCACUUUCGAGCCUCUGGCCGGCUAUUAUCGAUGGCCUCAACCUUCCGGCCUCUACCUCUCAGCUGUCUACGGCUAUGGUGUUGGAAGAAUAUGCUCGUCUUUGUGGCCCCAACAGCAAGCACACCGAACUUCUUUGCGAACGACUCCGCCCCAUCGUCGAGGGUGAGCGUCCAUCCUGGUACGCCGACAUUGCCUGCUACCUUCAUGUCGCCCGAGCGCAGUGCCAUUCGCUGCUCAAUACAUUCCGCGAUCAUGCUCACGUCCCACCAUCACGACUCCCGGUCCUUGCUGUCGUUGUCCAGGGCGAUUCCGAAGCCGGCCCUAGUGCGUUCUCACUGGCCGAUGCCGAGAAGAUUGUUGGCCCCGACUUUGACCGGCUGAAGAAGAGCUUGACACCUGCUCAGCGCAUCGCAGCCACCCAGGUUCUCACCGAUACUCGCACUACAGCUCAGUCUGCGGUUGACGAAGCACGCUCCAUUCGGGAACAGCGCGACAUGCGUGUCUUGGCCGCUGCUGCGGGUGCUUUGGUUGCCUUGCGUGAUAUUCCCAAGCGUCCUGGCCAUAUCAUCAAGGGUAUGAUGGACAGCAUCAAGAAGGAAGAAAAUCUGGAGCUUCAGCAGCGCUCGGCAACUGCAGUUACGGGCCUCAUCGAGCAUUACACUGCAGCUACGAAGCGUGGACCCGUUGAUAAGAUCAUCGGUAACUUGGUCAAAUACUGCUGUGUGGACACUUCCGAAACUCCCGAGUUUCCACACAAUGCCCAGCUGGAGAAGUCAAUCCUGUCUCUGCGCAAAGAAGAAGAUCGACGUGACCAUCCAGACGCUGCAAAGUUCGAACGCGAAGCCAAGGAAGCCCGCAUUAUGCGCCGAGGUGCGAAGGAUGCUCUGGAGCAGCUGACCGUCAAAUUUGGUGCCGAGCUCCUAGAAAAGGUACCUAACUUGGCUGCACUGGUUGAACGCCCACUCAAGACUGCGCUAGAAGGUGACCUUCCGGAAGACAUAACCAACCCGGAGAACGAUCUCGGCCAAGAGGUUGUGGACGGUCUUUCCACUCUUCGAGCACUUCUCCCCAAGUUUGACCCCGGUCUUUAUUCAUGGGUUGCAGGUCUUAUGCCCAUAAUUGCCAAGGGUCUGCAGUGUCGUCUGUCGGUGAUUCGGUAUGCUGCAGCCAAGUGUUUCGCUACAAUCUGCAGCGUCAUCACUGUACAAGGAAUGACAAUGUUGGUUGAGAAGGUUCUGCCGACCAUCAACAAUGCCCUGGACGUUCACCACCGACAAGGUGCCAUCGAGUGCAUUUACCAUUUGAUCCAUGUUAUGGAAGAUGGUAUUCUGCCGUAUGUGAUCUUCCUUGUCGUUCCCGUCCUUGGACGAAUGAGUGACUCCGACAAUGACGUUCGACUGCUCGCAACCACCUCAUUUGCGACUCUCGUCAAAUUGGUACCCUUGGAAGCAGGAAUUCCUGACCCGCCUGGAUUUUCCGAGGAAUUGCUCAAGGGCCGUGACCGGGAGAGAAAGUUCAUGUCUCAAAUGCUGGAUGUCCGCAAGGUGGAACCGUUCGAAAUUCCGGUUGCCAUCAAGGCCGAGCUCCGUCCCUACCAACAAGAUGGCGUUAACUGGCUGGCUUUCCUCAACCGAUACAACCUCCAUGGUAUUCUUUGCGAUGACAUGGGUCUCGGAAAGACUCUUCAAACUAUUUGCAUCGUUGCCAGUGAUCACCACAUGCGUGCCGAAGAGUAUGCGAAGAGCCAGUCACUGGACUCCCGAAAGCUACCUUCCCUCAUUAUUUGCCCGCCCUCGCUUUCUGGCCAUUGGCAGCAAGAGGUCAAGCAGUAUUCUCCAUUCCUCAAGUGCAUCGCCUAUGUCGGACCUCCUAGCGAGCGUACAAAAUUGCAGGCCGAGCUUGCUACCUCAGACAUUGUUGUUACAUCCUACGACGUCUGCCGCAACGACAACGACAUCCUUAAUCCGAUAAGCUGGAACUACUGUGUUCUAGACGAGGGUCAUCUGAUCAAGAACCCCAAGGCAAAGAUCACACUCUCAGUGAAGCGUCUGAUGAGCAACCACCGUCUCAUUCUUUCCGGCACGCCGAUCCAGAACAAUGUUCUUGAGCUGUGGUCUCUGUUUGACUUCUUGAUGCCGGGCUUCCUGGGAACCGAAAAGGUUUUCCUCGACCGGUUCGCGAAGCCCAUUGCCGCGAGUCGCUUCAGCAAAUCCUCCUCAAAGGAACAGGAGGCUGGUGCUCUGGCAAUCGAAGCCUUGCACAAACAAGUUCUACCGUUCCUGCUGCGUCGUCUUAAGGAAGAGGUCUUGAACGACCUACCUCCCAAGAUCAUCCAGAACUAUUACUGUGACCCCAGUGACCUUCAAAAGAAGCUCUUCGAAGACUUUAGCAAGAAAGAACAGAAAGAACUGCAAGAAAAGGUGGGCAGCACGGAACGCAACGACAAGGAGCACAUCUUCCAAGCUCUUCAAUACAUGCGUCGUCUGUGCAACUCUCCUGCCCUGGUCGUCAAGGACGGCCACAAACAGUACAACGAAGUCCAGAGUUACUUGUCUGCCAAGCGUUCCACGAUCAGAGAUGUGUCUCACGCACCUAAACUCAGUGCCCUUCGCGAUCUGCUUGUCGACUGUGGUAUUGGUCUUGACCCCUCCGCUGAGGGCGAGCUCGAUACUGGCGCCAGCUAUGUCAGCCCUCACCGUGCUCUGGUCUUCUGUCAAAUGAAGGAAAUGCUGGACAUUGUCCAGAACGACGUCCUCAAGAAACUACUGCCUUCAGUCCAAUACCUUCGGCUGGAUGGUGGUGUCGAGGCCACCAAGCGUCAAGACAUUGUUAACCGUUUCAACACCGACCCCAGUUAUGAUGUGUUGCUUCUGACCACCAGUGUCGGUGGAUUGGGUCUCAACCUUACUGGUGCCGACACGGUCAUUUUCGUCGAACACGACUGGAACCCGCAAAAGGAUAUCCAGGCUAUGGACCGUGCUCAUCGUAUCGGUCAGAAGAAGGUCGUCAACGUGUACCGCCUGAUCACCAGAGGUACACUGGAGGAAAAGAUCUUGAACCUCCAACGAUUCAAGAUCGACGUCGCCUCUACCGUGGUCAAUCAACAAAAUGCCGGCUUAGGCACAAUGGACACAGAUCAGCUCUUAGACCUCUUCAAUCUCGGCGAGACAGCCGAAACCGCCGAAAAACCAGGCGAUCAGACAGGCAACGAAGUCGACAUGGUCGAUAUCGACGGUGAAGUCAGGGAGAAGGGCAAGAAGGGCUGGCUGGAUGAUCUGGGCGAACUCUGGGAUGACAAGCAAUACCAGGAAGAGUACGACCUGGAUUCAUUCCUGGCAUCCAUGAAAGGAUGA